AUGGAGUUGCUAUCACUGCGUGGUAACCAUGUUUACCGGCAGCCACUUGUAGAUCCGGCGACCCAGUCUGUGCUCUGCUGGAAUGGGGAGGCCUGGAAGAUUGCUAAUGAGCUGGUGUCUGGCAAUGAUACAGAGCAUGUCUUUGAUUUAUUCCUGAGCUCUGCGAACAGCAAUGCCCACCAGGCCAUUGGACGAAUGGCUGGUGCUGUUGCAAGCAUCUCUGGCCCAUUCGCAUUUGUCUUCUAUGACGCGGUGCAUGCACGACUGUUCUAUUCCAGAGAUUGCCUGGGCCGGAGGUCGCUCCUACAAGGCGUGGAUGAAGAUGGAAGUCUGAAGAUCUGCAGUUUGUGUGAUGGCUCCUCUUCCACACACUUUCAGGAAGUUGGCUGUGAAGGCGUUUACAUGAUUGAUCUCAAGGCACAGCGAGGUCCAUCUGUUGACUCUACAGAAGCAUAUAAGAUAACCAUUUUGCCUUGGAGUUCUGACCCUCUACCCAAAGCAGGCCAUAUUAAGAACCCAAUUCCACCAAUGAACAUGUCAGUCCCGCAGGAACAGCCUCCUCUGCUCGGACUAGAGACACCCUUUGUCCAGGAGCUCCAAUCUAGACUCCAUCAAUCUCUCGCCCUCAGAAUCAAGAAUGUGCCUGAACCACCGGGCUACAUCCAAGGCCAAAGCGCCAAAAUCGCAGUUCUCUUCUCCGGCGGCCUGGACUGCAGUCUCCUCGCCCGCCUCUCCCACGACAUCCUCCCCGUCAAUGAACCCAUCGACCUCCUCAACGUCGCAUUUGAAAACCCCCGAGUCGCAGCCGCAGCAGUAGCAAACCUCAAACAACGAAACUCAUCCUCGACCCCUCCUUCCCUACCCGAACCUACCUCUAUCUACGAAGCAUGCCCUGACCGCAUCACCGGCCGCUCCGCGCACGCCGAGCUCCAAAGAAGGUGUCCAGGCCGGACAUGGCGCUUCGUCGCCAUCGACGUCCCCUACACCGAAACGCUCGCACAUCGUGACUCCGUUAAGCGCCUCAUGAGACCACACAACACGGAGAUGGACCUCUCUAUCGCAUGCGCACUGUACUUCGCGUCCCGCGGCCAAGGCACCAUCUCUGCCUCCUCCUAUAUCACCACGGCCCGCGUCCUUCUCUCCGGCCUCGGUGCAGACGAGCUUUUCGCCGGCUACGGCCGCCACGGGGUGGCCUUUGCCCGUGCCGGGUUCCCGGGCCUCGUCUCCGAGAUCCAUCUAGAUGUGAGCCGGCUUGGGCAGCGCAACCUCGGCCGCGACGACCGCGUGCUGUCGCACUGGGGUCGGGAGACGCGGUUCCCAUACCUGGACGAGGAUUUCGUCGGGUGGGUGUUGCGCGCGCCGGUGUGGGAGAAGUGCGGGUUCGGGCUUGCGGUGCCGGAGAGCGAGGCUGAAGCGCAGACUCUUGCGGGCGUUGAUGCGGAGAAGAUGGCGCUUCGGCUUGUUGCGCUUCGGCUGGGGUUAGGGUCUAUCGCACGCGAGAAGAAGAGGGCUAUCCAGUUCGGGGCGCGGACGGCGAAGAUGGAGAAGGGGAAGACGAAGGGGACUGAUGCGUUGAGUUGA